AUGUGGCAACCUACUGAAAAGACAGCCCUUUUCUGUGAUUUGUGGUUGAAAAAUACAUUCCAAGCCGUUCUGAUCACAAAUUGGGUGCAGUCAUUUGCAAUUUUCAACUACAAUAAAUUGGAGUGGACCUCCAGUAAAACUGAAGACAAUACUUCAACCUCACCUGAAAGUGAAGUUCAGGCUGGUUUUGAUGCUGGGAAUGGCGCAGCGCACUAUCAAAUCAAAGGAGCUCGUUCUAACCACGUGGAAAGUAUUUUACAUACCAGCAACGUUGACAAGCCUGGCAAAUGGGUUUUUAGGAUUGACCUUGCUGAAAUUCAGUUUGAACCUUGUCUUAAUGAAAAAUUUUCUGUGACUCCAAGAUCUGGACACAUGCUUGGAGGGCAGCAUCUCACUAUUUCCGGGCCUUGCUUUCCGAGAGCAAAAACCUUUGAUGCAGUAUUCAAGGAAAUCAACAAGACAUUCCCAUGCAUUGUAAACAAUGCCAUCACCGCCAGCUGUGUUACCCCAGGUCUUUCCUCCACAGGAGACUUUACGAUCAACUUUAACCUCCCUCCAUUCACAAAUGCUUAUGAAGAAACGUUUUCUGUCGUAAAUCUUGCCAAAACCAUCCCUCAGGUAAUCCGUGCUAAUCCAUCCCAAUGGUCCAUUGGAAAUGACGUCUUUAUCUCAUGGAAUGCUAGUGAACUUGCAUCAGAAAAAAUGUACAUCGAUGUCCUUGGUUUAACGAUCAGCCAGAAUAUCAUCCAAUGGUCUUCCGUGCAGAAUAUGACUGAAUCAGGGGUAGAAAAUAUCACCUUGACACUCAAGGAAACUUUGUUAGAUUAUAAUACUGCUAUUGUACGAGUAAUGGCAGAGAUUGAACAUAACUCAAUGAGUCCGCUGGCACUUUGGUCAGAUGCCUUUCCAGUUUAUCAAGAGAAGAGAACAUCAGAAGAAUGGUGCAAUAAAUGGUUGGAGGCUGAACCACCCCUGAAAGUAGAUGUUGAUCCAAAUAAUUGUCCGUGCAUCUUGCGUCAAGCCAGCCGAGAUACAAGUCGGUAUGAAAAUGAUCCACUUUGCCACACGGAUUCAAAGGACAAACCUCUUAAUUGCUUAUGUCACCAACAAGCAAACAAUUGUGUCUUACUUAACUUACAAAGUAAAUCUACAGCUGGGCAGUCCUGUUGUUAUGGGGGAAAGAAUAACAGUCUACUAGAGUGGGAAACAAGUAUGGACAGUGGAUACGUUUUUCGGUAUAACUACCGAGCUCAGGGACCUGACAUUGUGCCGUAUCUGACUCACUUUGAGGCUGAUAUCCUGCCUCACUUACACUGCUGCAGAUAUUCACGCAAGGAUCACUUAUGCAAAUCGUUUUUUAAGAAACGUCCAGCUUCCCGAUGUAAUGCAUACAAACCUCCUUCACCAGCACAGGCAGCAGGGGAUCCUCAUUUAGUGACAUUGGAUGGCAAGAGGUAUACGUUUAAUGGUGUGGGUGAAUUUGUUUUGAUGGAGGACAAAAAUCACACAAUUGUUGUACAGGUUAAAGCAGAACAAGCCAGAGACAUUGAAGGUAAGUUUAUUCUUUUUUUCUCUUUUUCUUUUUUCUCUUUUUCUUUGCUUUCUUUCAUUAUCUUUUUCCCUUUCUUUCUCUUUCCUUUUCCUUUCUUUUUGUUUCCUUUUUUCUCUUUUCUUUUUUUUACUUUCUUUCAUUCUUUCUUUCUUUUACUUUCUUUCAUUCUUUCUUCUACUUUCUUUUACUGUUUUGGUCAAUUACAGAAUGCUACCAUUUUUACGGCCAUUGCCAUGAAAGUAGAAGACAUAUCAAAAGUGGUGAAGGUUUAUAUGGAUUCAAAAACCCACUACAAAUUGUUACUUGAUGACCAGGAAUAUCAUCUUCCAACAUUAGAAAUGCAAGGGCUUAGUGUGACUGUGAAUGAGACCAAUGAAAAUUCCACUGACAUAAUGGUCGUAUUUUCUUCAGUGGAACUCUCUGUGCAGAUUGAAGUCACUCCUGAUGUUCUCAAUAUCUUACUCAUGAUGGGAUCAAAAACCCUACACAAUAAUGUAGAAGGUUUACUUGGGAAUUACAAUGGCAAUGCAUCAGACGAUUUUAUAUCACGAGAAGGGAUUAUGUUGCUUCCAAAUUCCAGCAUGGCAGAAAUCCAUUACCAAUUUGGAGAAUCUUGGAAAGUUAAACCCGAGGAGAGACUGUUCACAAGCAUUCCUGAGCCUAAAAAUGAAGACACAUAUCAACCAGUUUUUAUCGACACACUCGAUGAAAGCAACCUUCGAAAUGGGACAGCUGAGCUUUGUGGAGAUGUGCUACCAUGCAAGUUUGAUUACCAAUUGAUCGGAAAGCCAUCGAUUGCUUUGGCCACAAAGAAAUUUGUGACAAAAUUCGAUGCUUUGCAAAAGGACAUUGAAAAAGUGAAUCUUUGUCCACCUAUUGGAUACUUGGAAAAUGGGAACAUGACGAUCACUGGAAACCUCCCUGGGGAUUAUGCAAUAUUCCAGUGUGAUCCAAAUUACAUUCGGCUGGACUCGGAGAAAGUCACUUGUUUGCCAAAUGGCACCUGGGAUCGAACCAUUCCAAAAUGUGUUAAAAAAGUACCAACACCUCAAUGGCACAGUUGGUUUGCAUAUGGAAUUGGUGCCAUCCUUGCUUUGAUCUGUAUCAUGGCUUUUGUAUGUUCCAAAUGCCGAAGAAGUCUAAUCCAGACAGUCAGCAAAGACGAUAUCUCAUUGCCACCGAUUUUACAAAUAGAAGCAAUUUCACAACCUAUCUUUUCUAAUCAACACUUCUUACAAAGUUUACAAAGACUAAAUGAGGGUGGAUCGUUUCGAAUACCCAGACCCACAUACAUUGAUCCAAAAAUAUAUGAGGAAUAUUUCUAG